GCUUCCUGUUGUUGUAAGACUGUCAUCUUGUAGCAGCACAGACUUAGCCCUGGCAUUCAACAUGCUGCUCAAUAGGCUUCCUGGCUGGCUGUAUGCUGUGGCCUGUGGGCUCCUGCUUCUUCUCCUCCACGUGCAUGGCAAGGACUCAGCCAGCCCCAUCAGGAACACACACACAGGGCAGGUGAGAGGAAGCCUCGUCCAUGUGAAAGACAGCGAUGUUGGUGUCCACACCUUCCUGGGGAUUCCCUUUGCCAAGCCACCUGUGGGACCACUGCGCUUUGCUCCCCCGGAGCCCCCUGAGCCAUGGAGUGGUGUGAGAGAUGGGACCUCCCAUCCGGCCAUGUGUCCACAGACUGAUAUGAUGAAAUUAGACUUUGCAGAGACGAUGAAUCUGAUCAUGCCUCCCAUGUCUAUGUCUGAGGACUGCCUGUACCUCAACAUCUACACACCAGCGCAUGCCCAUGAAGGAUCUAACUUGCCUGUAAUGGUAUGGAUCCAUGGUGGUGGACUGGUUUUAGGAAUGGCUUCCAUGAAUGAUGGAUCCAAACUGACUGCUACUGAGGAAAUAGUAAUUGUUGCUAUCCAAUAUCGCUUGGGUGUCCUUGGCUUCUUCAGUACUGGAGACCAGCACGCCACAGGCAACUGGGGUUACCUGGACCAAGUGGCUGCCCUACGCUGGGUCCAGCAGAACAUCGCUUACUUUGGAGGCAACCCUGGCCAGGUCACUAUUUUUGGUGCUUCAGCAGGAGGAACAAGUGUGUCUUCACUUGUUGUGUCCCCCAUGUCCAAAGGACUCUUCCACAGAGCCAUCAUGCAGAGUGGAGUGGCCCUGCUGCCUGACCUUAUCUCUGACACCCAUGAGAGGGUCUACACAACAGUAACCAAACUUUCAGGAUGUGAGGCCAAGGACUCAGAGGCUCUGGUGCACUGCCUACGAGACAAGACUAUAGAAGAGAUUUUGACUAUCAACCAGGUCUUCAGGGUGAUAUCUGGUGUGGUAGAUGGGACGUUCCUACCUAGGCACCCUCGGGAGCUGUUGGCCUCUGCAGAUUUUCACCCUGUCCCCAGCAUCAUUGGUGUUGACAGUGAUGAGUGUGGCUGGGGAAUCCCCUUGUUCAUGGACUUUGAUCAUGUCAUAAAGAACAUAACCAGACAGACCCUGCCAGCUGUUCUAAAGAGCAGAGCCGCACACAUGAUGCUGCCUCCUGAAUUUAGUGACCUGCUGAUGGAAGAAUACAUGGGGGACGUUGAGGACCCCCAGACCCUGCAAGCACAGUUCAGAGAAUUGAUGGAGGACUUCAUGUUUGUGAUCCCUGCACUCCAAGUAGCACAUUUUCAGCGUUCCCACGCUCCUGUCUACUUCUAUGAAUUCAAUCAUCAGCCAAGCUACAUCAAGCAUGUCAGGCCACCCCAUGUGAGGGCUGACCAUGGUGAUCACGUUCCUUUUGUCUUUGGCUCGCACCUUUGGGGCAUGAAUGUUGAACUCACUGAGGAGGAGAAGCUGCUGAACAGGAGGAUGAUGAAGUACUGGGCCAACUUUGCAAGACAUGGGAACCCCAACAGUGAGGGUCUACCCUACUGGCCUGAGUUGGUCCAUGAUGAGCAGUACCUGAAGCUGGACAUCUAUCCUGCUGUGGGCCGAACCCUGAAGGCCAGAAAGCUGAAGUUCUGGACAAAGAUUCUGCCUCAGAAGAUCCAGGAGCUAAAGGGGGCUCAGGUCAACCAUGUGGAGCUUUAGUGUCAGUUAUAAAAAUGAUGGGUGUGGUUGAGGGAAGUUGCGGACAUCCUGAGAUUUAAAAGUGCAUUUAUUUUUCUUUAUUUGUUCCAACACUCACACAAGCAUUUUUAACCUCAGUAUUUGGUCUUUCACAUGUGUAUGACAAACCCUCUGUGUGGUAUUCAUCCUUCUGGACAUAUUUUAUUAGACUCAAUAAAUGGUCCCACAACCAUA